CAGGCGGUUCAGACCGCAACGGAAUACGCAAUAUAUCAGAUAAAGGGGCUCGGUAAAUCAGCUAACUCGACUUACUACCCCUACCUCGGGCUGGACUACAUUAUUUGACCACCUCCCUCACAGCAAACAACGCUGCCGUGCGUGCGAGGCCAAUGUUUCCGGACACAUCUUCGUUGAACGGAUCCGAUUCGCGGAACUCGAGCCAUACGACUUGUACAAUUCUCCGAUGCCACGAGUUUGCGCAGAACCCCGCCCAUGACUGCACACGAUCUUGCCGGGGGAGGAUUAAAGGCUAAUUUGAACGGGGCAUAAAACCACGCUGCCCGCAUGCGCGUGUGAUAAUAGCCGCAAGCAAGCGAGAUGACGUCUUUGACGCUUUCCAGAUAUCUCGCCACUGGUGGUUUUUCAACUGAUAACUCAUGUAUUGAAAAUGGGAGCUUAGCCACUCUAAAUAUGCCCUGUUCGGCUUCACUUCCAGAGAAAGCUUAGACACUAAGCCAAGGUUAAUUGCAUUCAAGCUCCCUGCCAGGAUGCGUCUGAACCUCGUGAAAGCCGGAUUCAUCUCCGCCAGCGCCCUCGUGGCGGCCCAGAACGAGUCGCCCGAGCUCGAACCUUAUAGCCUCUUUGACAACCGCGCCAUCUACAAGGCUCGCGAAGGAGAGAGGCUCACAUACCCGCGCCAUGUCGAGCUCGAGAGCGGAGAGCUGCUGGUGACGGCAUCCCUGUGGACCAACCUCACCAGCCCGACGUACUUCCCCGUCUUUGAGUCUGAAGAUGGCGGUGUGAGCUGGGAGUGGGUGUCCAACAUUACGGAUCAGGUCAACGGCUGGGGCAUGAGCGCGCAGCCGGCGCUGAUGGAGCUCACGGAGCCGAUUGGUGACUAUUCUGCAGGUACAAUCUUGGCUUCAGGUAACAGUUGGAGCGAGAAUGGAACCAGGAUUGAUGUCUAUGCCAGUUUGGACAAGGGGCGCAGCUGGGAGUUUGUCAGUCGGGUGACGCAGGGCGGACGACCAAACACCACCAACGGCGCUGAUCCUGUUUGGGAGCCAUUCUUGAUGCUAUAUGACCACCAGGUUGUUUGCUACUACUCUGACCAGCGCGACCCCCUCCACGGACAAAAGCUUGCUCACCAAACAUCCCCGGACCUGAAGACGUGGGGCCCGGUGGUGAAUGACGUCGCUUACGAUCAGUACAUUGCCCGACCCGGCAUGACCGUGGUGGCCAAGAUCGAGACGAUGGACAAGUACAUCGUCGUCUACGAAUACCCCAUCGGCAACUCAUCCUCACACGGAGCCAACUACCCGGUGCACUACCGCAUAGCCUCCAACCCGCUCCUGUUCGACUCGGCAGAAGACCACCCGAUAGUGAUUGGCGGCAACUUUGCGCCCAACGCCUCGCCGUACGUGGUCUGGUCGCCCGUCGGAGGACCCAACGGCACCAUCGUCGUCUCGGACGCCGACUACGACGAGGUCUACACCAACAGGUUCGGCGGCGACCCGGACAAAUGGGUCAAGAAUUACUCGCCGCAGCCGGGCGCCUACAGCCGAGCCCUGCACGUCUUCCGGAACAACACCGACCACCUAAUGAUCCUGGGAGGGUCCAAGUUCGACGGCGGGCCGCCGGACCUGACCUUGAGCGUCGUGAGCAUCACCGAGAUGAAUGCAAACUCGACCGAGGGAGAGCCGGGUCCAGGCUGUUCGGCCUAAAAGGUCGAAAAGAGAACUUGAUAGUGCGGGUGAGACCGUUUUUGGUAAAGCGUUUUGUGACAGGUGGCCUUGUUUAAUAUAAGGCCAUGUCAAUCCUAAUGUUAGUAUAGCCUUUUUUUUACAGGACGCCGGUGAAACGGAAAAUGCGAAGACCGAGAAUAAAAAGAAAAUAAGGGGUAAAAAAGCUCGGAGUCCGUCAAAGAGCCGGCUCGGGAAGCUGCGUUGGUCCGUUCCAAUAUAUAACCAAUGCCAUGAAUCAUAAAUCACGGCACUUUGGCUGCCGGCUACUUUAUUGCUUUCCUAUUCAGGCACUGUCGAUCGCGGGAGGGCUUUGUGCGUGAUCUGUGAGAAAACGGCUAGUGGCAACCCUAAAGAAGCAAAGUCUGGAACCCCCCUGGUCCAAUUUAGCCGGCACAUGGGAACCCAAUUCACCUGUGAUGUUUAUCUUGUCAAGCUUGUACUGAUCGUCUGGUGCCUUGAAACCAAACAAAAAAAAGAAGACCGCAGGGGUAGAUGAGCGGGAACCCCUUUUAUACAGCAGCGAAUCGGAUCGGCGGUGUUGUGAACCAAGUGUUAGAUGGAUAGUAUCGGA